AUGGGCGCUACCUCCAAACUCAUAUUAUUCCCAGCUGAGCUGAUCCUCGAGAUUAUCGAGCGACUACCCUUCGGAGACGGCAGCACAGUCUCCAACCUAGCCAGAACGCAUUCAAGACUUCAAACCAUCCUCUCCUCGUACGAACAGUCUCUUGCGUACAGCUUUGCGCGCAAGGAGCUCAGGCACGCUCCUGUCGACUUUCCGACCAAGCAGCAAGGAUUCAGGUGGAUGCAGAGCUGCGUCAAGCGCUACGACUGUGUAGACGAUCUCAUGGCGAUGCUUGUCAGCGAGCACAACGUGUUCCCCGUGCGCAAGCACAACAUGGGCUUGGUCAACACCGGACUGCUCCUACUGUAUCACCUUCAAUCAUUCGAAUCACACCCCGCAAAGCUCGCCUUCUUAAAGACUCUACCAAAAGACCCGCUAACGGCAAUGUACCUCGCCGUGCACCACGCCACCCUGACCGCCCGUUACCACGGCGAAGGCAUCAUCCACCAGCGCACGUACGGCCGCUUCAUGGACGCCAAUACCAUCGCCCUCCGCUCAGACAUCGAGUUCUGCUUCGCGGAAGCCAGUCUGCAACUCGGACCUGCCUUCAUCCAGUCUUCUCUCCUCCCAACGGAUCCGCCAGCCACCUCCCUGUCCGCAGAAGUUACACUCCUCAACUUCUACCACGACCACGCGAUCCACGACUGGUUCUUGGAAUCUGUGCUGGAGGGCAUGGAGGGCAUCGGCAUGCUGCCCAUCACGCAGGGCCCGAGGAAGGGGACCAAGGAAAAGAGUCUUUGGACGACGUUGUUGGAGCGCGUGGCUGGGCUCAUGGAGUGUCCGCUGGAGAAUGUGAGGGGGGCGGUUGAGGAGGAUGCGGCGCCGCAUAAUCAUGGGUUGGCUUGGCUGGACCUGGAGGGGAAAGCGGCGUUGAUGAAGGGGGAGGAUGUUGUGCCUAGGCUUGUGGAGGCGUGA